CGGCGGCGGGGGAAGGCGGGGCCCGGCCCUGUGUUUUGAACGGCUCGAUGCGGUUGGCUCACUAUUUGGCAGGAAGGUGAGGAGGCCUCUAUCCUGGCGGCGGAGCUCGCGUAGGGAGAGGGGGAUCCAAAUGUGGCAGAGGCGAGCAGGAGGCAGCGGCGGCGGCGACGGCGGAGGGGGGCGAACGAGACGAGAGGCGCAGCCGUCCCCGCUGCUGCCGCCGCGGAGGAGGUGAGCGGCCUGGCGAGGCAGGGGCGCUGCGGCGGCCGCAGCGCUGGCACCCCCGGGCCGCCCGCCUGGCACCCCCGGGCGCCCGUCCCGCCGGCAGAGUACUGUAAUUCAAAGUGCUUCUUCUACAUUUGAUGAAGAACAAAUCCGUGGUUGGAUGGUGGAUUAAUAAGUAGUUGUCCUAUUCUAAGAGUAAGAAGAUAUUUUGGGAGUUGGGAAGAACUGGAUUUUCACCCUAGUCCAGCAGCUUUGCUGCUCACUUAAACACAGAUGAAUGAAGACCCCAUUUGGAAAAUCGCCAGGUCAGCGGUCCAGAGCUGAUGCAGGUCAUGCAGGAGUCUCUGCCAGCAUGAUGAAGAAACGAACUUCCCACAAAAAGCAUAGAAACAAUGUGGGACCAAGCAAACCUAUUUCUCAGCCGCGAAGAAACAUUGUAGGCUGCAGAAUACAGCAUGGAUGGAAAGAAGGGAGUGGACCUGUAACACAGUGGAAGGGCACAGUUCUUGAUCAAGUUCCUGUAAAUCCCUCUCUCUAUCUUAUAAAGUAUGAUGGAUUUGAUUGUGUGUAUGGACUAGAACUGCACAAAGAUGAAAGAGUUUCAGCACUUGAAGUCCUUCCAGACAGAGUUGCUUCAUCUCGAAUUAGUGAUGCCCACCUGGCAGACACAAUGAUUGGCAAAGCUGUGGAACAUAUGUUUGAGACAGAGGAUGGCUCAAAAGAUGAAUGGAGGGGGAUGGUCUUGGCUCGAGCUCCUAUUAUGAACACAUGGUUUUAUAUUACCUACGAGAAAGAUCCUGUCUUGUACAUGUACCAACUCUUAGAUGAUUAUAAAGAAGGUGACCUUCGCAUUAUGCCUGAUUCCAAUGAUUCACCUCCUGCAGAACGGGAACCAGGUGAAGUUGUGGACAGCCUGGUAGGCAAACAAGUGGAAUAUGCCAAAGAAGAUGGCUCAAAAAGGACUGGCAUGGUCAUUCAUCAAGUUGAAGCCAAACCAUCUGUCUAUUUCAUCAAGUUUGAUGAUGAUUUCCAUAUUUAUGUCUACGAUUUGGUGAAGACAUCCUAGACGUCAUCGUGAACUUUUGCCAAAUUUGUGGAACUAUUAAAUGUAAAAUUUGUAGACACAAAGACUUGACUGCUUUCCAGUUUAAUGAAAGCUUAAAUGUCCCUGCGAACCCACAAUCUCUGCCAGCAAAACUGUUUUGUUCUGAAUAAUACAAACAAGUUUAUGUGAACGUGACACAUUUUGUGUAAGAACUCCUUUUCUUGAAGGAAGUCAAUAUAUUUGGGCGGGAGGGAGUUAAAAGCAAAGAACAGCUGCAAAUUCAAGCUGUGUAAAGUUGAUCUAGUAUUGUAAUCAUUAAUCUAAAUUUUUUCAUAGAUUUUAACUUUCUUCAACCUUGCACUCACCUGUUCAACUGCCACAUGCAAGUGUAGUUUGAUAUUUUUGAUAUGCCUUCUUUUGUAACAUUAAAUUUAAUUUCUUGGCUACUGGCAGUCCUUGUUUUCAGGGUUGGGUCAGAGGUGCCUUUCCUGAAAGGUUUAAACGGUUUGUGCAGCAUUAAGGAGUGCCUAACCCAAGUAACAUCAAUCUACUGUGUUUCUACACUUUAUUUCAAAUUUAGCUUUUUAAGAACUUGCAGUACAUGGAAAUACUUGUGCAUUUUUAGUAGUCACAGGGCAGUAGGAUAUCAAGUGUUUGACUUAUGCACCUUUCAGUGAAAAGGCUUUAAACUAUAAAAAUAUAUUUAAUCUGUAUAACCAGUUAAUUAGAAAAUGCAGGUUAAUGGCCCAUAUUUACAAGUCGUAGGAACCGGUAAUAUACAUGCAACAAGGCUGCCUUCAAUCCUAAAUGUUGUACUUCUUUGUUUUGUUAUACACACUUCUUAGCAAAACCCAAGUGCUUGGUGCCACAAAUUUAACAGUAUAUAUGCUACUCCAGAAGACUUCAGACUACGCAUUGGCAAUCAGUAGUCUCUCGUUUAAUAUCAAAACCUAGCAACCUGAAUGUUUGUGUGUGGACUUAGAAGCCUAACAGUAGUUAAUCUUACACAUGGUAAACACAAUCCCAUGGAGGGGAGGGAGGGGAAAAUCCUUUUACCUUGAAGACUUACUUUAGAGAAGGAGAAGCAUUUGUUGCCUUCUGCUCAGUCUGCUGCAUUUCUUUUUUGUUGUUGUUUUGGUUUGGUUUUGUUUUUUCGUUCACUUUUUCUUUUUUAACUGUUUUUGUUCAAGAAGGCAUCUUCCCAAUAUGUUCUUUUUUCUGGCUUUUCCACAUAAGGAGUGUCCGGACAAAUCUACAGCUUAAACCUGUUGUUGCCUUUUGUGGUGUACAUUGUACUUGCUUUGAGGUAUGCUGUUAACGUGAAUUUCAUUCUACGAACACUAGAGUUCUGCAUGCCAGUGGUGUACUAUCUAAUGGAAGCUAUAGGCAGUCUCAGUGGUUCAGUCAUCUGCAUUAGAUUGUGGAUGUAAAUAGCAGCCCACAAGAGCAGAGUCCUUUCAUGGUUUUAAUCUUGCAAGAUAGCUGUAAAUCAAGGUUAGUUUCUUUCUUUUUUUGUGUGUGUGGCAGCUUUUAAAAGUAUCAGAAUUGCAACAAUGAUCAGCACAGCAACAAAAUUGUCAUGUUACAUUAAGGCAGAGCUCUGCAAGCUUCGAAGUACUGCUUCACAGAAAUGCAGUAUGUGAAGACAGUCAGCACUGUUGAUGAAAGCAAGGAGGGAAUGCAGUUAUCCAACCUUAUGCCGUUAGUGGAAGGGAUAGCAGGAGAGGUGCUGUUAAUCAGAGAUCAGAGGUCCGGAUGACCUCAGUUGUGGGUGUUCUUGAUAUGGAAGACUCAGUGGUUUAAGCCCCUUUCUGUCAAUUUUUUUGCCUGAUUUCGUAUUUUAGCCUUAAGGCUUGUGCCUCAUUAUGCUGUUGAAUGGUAAUAAAUACUCAUCAUAUAAAUAUGAUACCUUAAUUCUUUGUCCAUUGCUACUAUAUUGCAUUAUGUCCAGUAUUUCAUCAUGGGCAACCAAAGGCAGGCUAUUGUCUUUCAGUGAAUAGCUUCUCAAUGCAGUCCUUAAGCACUAAGUACCUGAGUCGUAAAUGUUCCUUGUGUUUUGAACAAAGUGAGCAGAUUUGCAACACAGUGUUUUCAUCCUGCAGAUCUGUUAUGUGUUUUCUAUUGACUCUUAAGAGUCCUGCAUGUAAAUCUCAAAGCUGAGCCUGGCUCCAUGAGCCCAAGUUGAUAUUUGUGGCACAAGAAUGAGUGAGUGUAUUGAUUAUACACAAGAUACGUGAAUAACCUAGUACAGUGAAUUUUGGGCUAUACAUCUAAGAAAUACAAGGUUUGUUUUGAAAUAUCUGAGGUUUAGGUCUACUGAAACAUUUUUAGCAUUAGGCUUGCAUUUGUGGGUUUUCUGCAAGCCACUUUAAUACACCACAUAUUCUGCCAAUUAGAGUAUACUCUAUAAACUGUAAAUUUUAUGGUUGUUUUUAGAUGUCCCCAUUGUCUGUUGCGUGGGUUUUUCUUUUCAUCCUUUUUUUUCCCUUUUUCCUUUUCCUUAAGAUUUUUUUGAUAGCUUAAACCACCUUUUUGAGGCUUGAGACUAAUUCCACUCCCUGCCCAUCUGCUUUGGGCUUUGUUUUAGGCUCACGUUUCAGAUCUGCAUGCAGUGCUUGCGUUACCCUGGUAACUAAAUGUUGGUUCCUUGUUCUAGGGGUUCAACAUUACUUUCCAAAAUUAUCACAGGGCUUGUGAUGGCACAAGCCAUGGAUCUUUGUAUAAAAGUUAUUGGCCUUUCUCAUUUACCUGCUGUAGUAUUGUUGUAUAUUGUGUGUGUGUGUGUGCGUGAUGUCAGGCUGCCAUGUAAAACUUUUAAAAAGGAAAAAAAAACUUAAAUGCAGACCAUCCUUUUUUGCAUGCUUAGAGGGUUAGAACGUUCAAUGUAACAAACUAAAGUUGCAUGUUAAAAUGUUUAGGUUUUGGUUUUGUUCUGUUUUUAUUUUGUGUUCAGUUUUUUGUGAAUUUGCUUAUUGUGCUGUUUUAAUGGUUGUUAGUAGGAUUAAAUGCACCGAUGAGGCGAGCAUAGUGCCAACGGAAGGUAAUUUUCCAGUUGUAUGUGUCAUACAGCAUUUGAAGGGACCAUGUAUUCUGUUCAAGAAUAAAUAAAAUCACAAUUGAUUAGUAAAACACUACAUUUUUCUUCUUUCUUUUGAGUGCCAAACCCUAAACUAAGUUGGAGUAGACUACAUGAAGACUGAAAUACUUUGGGGAAAACCCUCUUUAUUGUAACAGGUAGAAGCCUUCUUUAAAUAAAUUAUUUAAAAAUGGAGGCUUUUAUCUUUAUAGCUAGAAUUGAUUACAGUCACUUCAGGGAAAUAGAAUUAUGGUUAAAAACAGUUUCUGGUUCCUUGAAAAUGCUGUGCUUUUUGUAUUUUACAUCAUUAGUGCAAUUUGGAUGGUUCUUGGUAUGUGUAUAGUUCAAAGGUCUUCGUGUUCACAUUUUAAAAUUAGAUAAUGACUUCAUCUUUAGAGCUUGGUUUCAUUAUUUUUAUUUUAUUUUGAACAAUGUAGACAGUUCCCUGUUCUCUGCAUUUAGAAGUAUAAACACUUUAAAUCUGUUACUUAAUUCUGUAAGUAAUUUUUAUAAUUAUGAUGUAACUCUAUCCUUAAAACAUUUAAAAUAAACCCUUUAUGUGCAACUUA